CUGGCUCCCCGGGCUCCCGGGAAGCCGCGAGUUUCCGCAGGGAGGCGGCGGCGGCAGCUGCGGCCGGGCCGGUCUGCAGUCUGUGCUCAGAGCCAACAUUCCUCAGUGAAAGUGAUGCCUUUUCUCCAUUUGCACAAAAUGAGCGUGAGGUGGUUAGCCAGACCAGGAGCUCAGCCUCACACAGAGUCCAGCCUACUGCUCUGAUGCCGAAGGGGAGGCAGAGAGUGCCACUCUUAGAUGCCCCCCUGGGCGUCCCCGCCUGUCUCUGGCUGAAGUUGGCCGGGCUCUUCUUGCUGGUUCCCUGGGUCAUGGGCCUGGCAGGGACAGAUGGGCCCGGAGCGCAGGGCCCAGGGGGGCUAAGCUGGGCCGUGCACCUGGACAGCUUGGAAGGCGAGGGGCCGGAAGAGACCCUGGAGCAGAAGGCAGAUGCCCUGGCCCGGGCAGCAGGGCUGCUGAACGCUGGGCGCAUCGGGGAGCUCCAGGGGUACUACCUCCUCGUCCAGCCGGCCGGGCAGCAGCAGGAGUGGCCGGCGGAGGCCGUCCGGCGGCGGGCGGAGACUGUGUUAGCCGGGCACGAAGCUGUGCACUGGCACUCGGAGCAGAGGCUGCUCAAGCGGGCCAAGCGCAGCGUCCACUUCAAUGACCCCAAGUACCCGCAGCAGUGGCACCUGAAUAACCGGCGGAGCCCUGGCAGGGACAUCAACGUGACAGGUGUGUGGGAACGCAAUGUCACAGGGCGAGGGGUGACCGUGGUGGUGGUGGAUGACGGAGUGGAGCACACCAUCCAGGACAUCGCACCCAACUACAGCCCUGAGGGCAGCUAUGACCUCAACUCCAAUGACCCUGACCCUAUGCCACACCCAGAUGUGGAGAAUGGCAACCACCAUGGCACGAGGUGUGCGGGAGAGAUUGCCGCAGUGCCCAACAACAGCUUCUGUGCGGUCGGAGUGGCGUACGGGAGCCGCAUAGCAGGUAUCCGGGUACUGGACGGGCCCCUCACGGACAGCAUGGAGGCCGUGGCGUUCAACAAGCACUACCAGAUCAACGACAUCUACAGCUGCAGCUGGGGACCCGAUGAUGAUGGGAAGACAGUGGAUGGCCCCCAUCAGCUUGGAAAGGCUGCCUUGCAACAUGGUGUGAUUGCUGGCCGCCGGGGCUUUGGGAGCAUCUUUGUGGUGGCCAGCGGCAACGGGGGCCAGCACAACGACAACUGCAACUAUGACGGCUACGCCAACUCCAUCUACACCGUCACCAUAGGCGCUGUGGACGAGGAGGGACGGAUGCCUUUCUAUGCCGAGGAGUGUGCCUCCAUGCUGGCGGUCACCUUCAGUGGUGGGGACAAGAUGCUCCGGAGCAUCGUGACCACUGACUGGGACCUUCAGAAGGGCACAGGCUGCACCGAGGGUCACACAGGGACCUCCGCCGCAGCGCCCCUGGCGGCGGGCAUGAUAGCCCUGAUGCUGCAGGUGCGGCCCUGCCUCACGUGGCGUGAUGUCCAGCACAUCAUUGUCUUCACAGCCACCCAGUACGAGGACCGCCGUGCCGAUUGGGUCACCAACGAGGCCGGCUUCAGCCACAGCCACCAGCACGGAUUUGGCCUGCUCAAUGCCUGGAGACUCGUUAACGCGGCCAAGAUCUGGACCUCUGUCCCUUACUUAGCUUCCUAUGUCAGCCCUGUGUUCAAAGAGAACAAGGCUAUCCCGCUGUCCCCGCACUCACUGGAGGUCCUGUGGAAUGUCAGCAGGACGGAUCUGGAGAUGUCGGGGCUGAAGACGCUAGAGCAUGUGGCAGUGACCGUCUCCAUCACUCAUCCACGACGCGGCAGCUUGGAACUGAAACUGUUUUGCCCCAGUGGCAUGAUGUCCCUUAUCGGCGCCCCCCGCAGCAUGGACUCAGAUCCCAGUGGCUUCAAUGAUUGGACCUUCUCCACUGUGCGGUGCUGGGGGGAAAGAGCGAAGGGGACUUACAGACUCGUGAUCAGGGAUGUAGGAGACGAGCUGCUCCGGGCUGGGACCCUCCGGCAGUGGCAGCUGACCCUCUACGGCUCUGUGUGGAGUCCAGUGGACAUCAGGGACAGGCAGAGGUUGUUAGAAAGUGCCAUGAGUGGAAAAUACCUGCAUGAUGGUUUCACUCUGCCCUGCCCUCCGGGGCUGAAAAUCCCUGAGGAGGAUGGUUACACCAUCACCCCUAACACCCUCAAGACUCUGGUGCUGGUGGGCAGUUUUACCAUCUUCUGGACCCUUUACUACAUGCUGGAAAUAUACCUGAGCCAGAGGAAUGUGGCCUCUCACCGAGUUUGUAGGAAUGGACCCUGCCACUGGCCCCAACGAAGCCAAAAAGCCAGGGAGGAGGGGACAGAACUAGAAUCGGCGCCACUUUACAACAGCAAGGAUCCAGAUGGAGUGGAGACAGAAAGUGAGGGCCCUCCCACCACCUCUGAUCUCCUUGCCCCAGACCUGCUGGAUCGAGGGGACUGGGGCCUGUCCCAGGACAGGAGUACCCUGAACUGCCCUCAUCAUCACCUAGCCCCAGACCUGUUGCAGGGGAAAGAGGAGCAGAUUUGCUGACGCAAGGCCCAACAGGCUCGACAUGGGAUGGGUUCUUCCUUCCCAAA